AUGAUGCUUCAUGGAUGGGACGAUGAGAUAAUGUGUAGGGCAUUCCCCUUAACCUUAACUGGGCACGCUCGGGCCUGGUUUAAUGGUUUACCCGAAACAUCCAUUUCUUCAUUCAGGCAGCUAAAAAUAGAGUUUAUCAAGGUAUUCAUUAUUAACAGUCAAAGGAAGAAAGAUGCAACGUACCUUCUUAGCAUUCGACAAGGGCAUAAGGAAACCUUACGUCACUACGUGGACAGAUUUCGGAAUGCUAUGCUUGAGAUUUGCAAUUUGCCUAUUGAAAUGGCUGUGUCCGCUAUGUUCCAAGAGACACGACUACCCCCUUUGCAAGAAUCAUUGUCUCUAGACCCGCCGAAAUCUUUGGCAGACCUGUUUGUCAGAGCCAAUAAGUACAUACUCCACACAGAGAUGAUGAUAACAAUAGGGGAAAAUGAAGAUAGGGAAAGGAAAAGAAAAGAGCGAGAUAAUGAAGAAGUAUUGAAUCAGCGAAAAGACCGAACCAGGAGGUUAGAUGCGGUUGGACCAUAA